UCCCUGCCCUCCCCGGAUCUCCCCACCGUUCCCCUCCCUGCCCUUCCCAGCCCCGGCAAGCCUUGGGCUGGCCCCCAUGGAGAGGAUGAGUUGGCUGAGCAAGCUGGCCCCCCGCAGCGCUGGCCACCGGGCCCCCCGCAGCGCCAGCCUGCAGACCCCCGUCACCGCCGACCCCGAGACCUGCCUCAUGGUUUUCAAGAACCACUGGGCCCAGGUGGUGCGGAUCCUGGAGCAGCGGGGCCCCCGCCCGGCCCCCGGCGGCCCGGACGACGCCAGCGCCGUGCGCAACCACACGUACCAGAUGCUGACCCUGCUGGCGGAGGACCGGCCGGCCCCCGAGGCGCCCCCGCCGGGGCCCCUGCUGGACUUCGCGCUGCGGGAGGACGUGCUGGAGCGCCUCCUGCGCUGGCAGCUGCAGUGGGACGGGGCGGAGGAGCGGCGGGCGGAGCAGCUCAAGCUGUACGAGAUGCUCAUCAGCCAGGCCCGCCAGCCGCUGCUCCGCCACCGGGCCGUGCGGGAGCCCCUGCUGCGCCUGCUGGCCGCCUGCGGCCCCGCCCCCACCCCCGCGGCCCCCGCCCCGGCCCCCGCCCCUUCCCUGGACGCCAACCUGGUGCUGCUGCUCAACCAGCUGUGCGUGUGCGUGGCCCGGGAGCCGGGCCUCCUGGAGCUCUUCCUGCAGGGAGCGCCGGAGCCGGGCUCCGGCCCCCCCAGCCUCCUGCUCUUUUCCCGCCUCGUCCCCUUCAUCCACCGCGAGGGACCCCUAGGGCAGCAGGCCCGGGACGCUCUGCUCCUGCUCAUGGCCCUCUCCGCCGGCAACCUCACCGUGGGCCGCUACAUCGCUGACCAUUCCUACUUCUGCCCGGUGCUGGCCACGGGGCUCAGUGCCCUGUACUCCUCUCUGCCCCGCAAGAUUGAGGUGCGGGGAGAUGAUUGGCACUUCCUGCGGCGGGAGGAUUGGCUAGGCGUGUCCCCCCUCGCGCUCUUCAUGAGUUCCCUGGAGUUCUGCAACGCCGUCACCCAGGUGGCACACCCCCUGGUGCAAAGGCAGCUGGUUGAUUACGUCCACAAUGGCUUCCUGGUGCCCGUCAUGGGGCCCGCCCUGCACAAGAGCUCAGUGGAGGAGAUGAUCGCCAGCACGGCCUACCUGGAGCUGUUCGUGCGCAGCGUCUCCGAGCCGGCCCUCCUGCGCACGUUCCUGCGCUUUCUGCUGCUGCACCGGCACGACUCCCACACCAUCCUGGACACCCUGGUGGCCCGCAUCGCCAGCAACUCCCGGCUCUGCAUGGUUUCCCUCAGCCUCUUCCGGACACUCCUCAACCUCAACUGCGAGGAUGUUCUGCUGCAGCUGGUUCUCAGGUACCUCGUCCCUUGUAACCACGUGAUGCUGAGUCAGAAACGCGCCGUGCGCGACGUGGACCUGUACGGUCGGGCAGCCGACAAAUUCCUGUCCCUCAUCCCUCGCUGCUGCCGCCACCACGCUCCCAGCCCCCCGCCCCCGGGACCCGAGGAGCACGCCAGCUGGGCCCGAGGCCCGGACAGCCCCGGCAUGGACUUGUCGUCUGUGGUGACGGUGCCCCGGCCCUCCACCCCGUCCCGACUCGCCCUCUUCCUGCGGCAGCAGAGCCUGGGCCCCGGCGAGCCCCCCGGCCCUGCCCCUCGCUCGCCCAGCCUGGCUGCCUCGCCCGGGCCCAGCCCGGGCCACCGGCCGGGCCCCGGGGCCGGAGGGGGCGCGGGGACGCCCAACGAGGAGCCCGGAGAGCUGGAGGGGAACUACCUGGAAUACCUGCGGGAGGCGCGGCUCGGCGUGGACCGCUGCGUGCGAGCCUGCCGCUCCUGGUCCGCCCCCUACGACGGGGAGCGGCCCCCGCCGGGUCCCCCGGCCCCCUCGGCCCCCGGCGGCUCUGGCAGCCCCGGCCCCCGGACUAAGAAGCGGAGCCUGCGGGAGGGGCAGGGGGAGGGCCGGGAGGAGGAAGAGGAGGAGGAGCAGCAGCAGCUGGGGGGCGUGGGCGGGGCUGGGGGGCCGAUCUUGCUCGAGGCGGGGGACUCCAGCCCGCUGCCGCCGCCCCCUCAACUCAACGGGGUCCCCGAGGCCGCCAAGAAAGUGCGUCGGGGGCCGGGGGCUCGAGAGGAGGAGCUGCUGCUUGCGGGUGGGGGCCCGGGGGCCGGGGGGCUGGAGGGCUUCGGACGGGAGCUCCGGGAGCUGGAGGCGGCCCUGAGCAAUGGCGGGAACGGGCUGCUCGAGCUGCCCCCAGGCCCUCCGCUGGGCCAGGAGGAGGAGGAGGAGGAGGAGGAAGCCGCGGCGGCCUAUGGGAGCUUCACCGCCCAGCCUGAGGUCGAGCCCCCCGGUCACCUGCUCGGCAGCCCCCUGCACACCCCCAGCCAGGUGCCCAGCCAGCCCUUCACAGGCCCGUUUGUGGCGGUGCUCUUUGCCAAGCUGGAGAACAUGCUGCAGAACUCGCUGUACGUCAACUUCCUGCUGACGGGGCUGCUGGCCCAGCUGGCCUGCCACCCCCAGCCCCUGCUGCGCUCCUUCCUGCUCAACACCAACAUGGUCUUCCAGCCCAGCGUCAAGUCCCUCAUCCAGGUCCUGGGCUCGGUGAAGAACAAGAUCGAGAGCUUCGCCGCGAUGCAGGAGGACUUCCCCGUGCUGCUGUCCAAAGCCAAGAAGUACCUCAUCGCCCGCGGCCGGCUGGACUGGGCCGAGGGCUCCGGGGCCCCGCCUUCCCUGCGCCGCACCGAUGCCCUGGUGAAGAGCCGGAAGCCAUCACUCGGAGAGCUGCUUCUGCGGCACGCCCAGAGCCCGACCCGGGCGCGCCAGGCUGCCCAGCUGGCGCUGCAGCACAUGCGGGAAGGGCCGGUGCUGCAGGCGCUGGCUGGCCCGGGACCCCCCCCGGCCCCUCCCCCCGCCAGAGGCCCGGCCGAGCGGCAGAGCGAAGCGCUGCGCGUGAAGAACGCCGUCUACUGUGCCGUCAUCUUCCCCGAGUUCCUCAAGGAGCUGGCCGCCAUCUCCCAGGCCCACGCCGUCACCUCUCCCUUUCUGCUGGACGCUCCCGAAGAGUGAGGGGCGCGUGGCCCCCUGCCCCAGUCCCGGGGUGGAGGGUAGGAGAGGGGAAGGAGUGGGGCGGGGAUUCCCGUUUUCCCCGGCUCAUUGCCCCCCGUCCCCCAGUCCUCCCCCCACAAUCUCAGCUGCACACAGUGGGGGUCGGACCCCGCCCCUCCAUCUCCCCCCACCCCCCGGGCUGUCUCCUGUGCCGCCCUCCGGUUGUCCCCUCCCCACCGCCUCCUCCCUUGCUGGACAGUCAGGAGUGGGCGGCGGGGCGGGCGACAGGCGGCGGCCUCGGCUUUUUUAAGGGUGGAGGCGGUGGAGAGAGGACUUUUUAAUUUAUUUGAAAUGAAUGUUUUAUGGAGAACUUGUUGCAAUAUGUAUAAAAGGGAAAUCUCUAUCCUG